UCAACCCAUACCCGAACUUGAACCACAAACCCGAUCAUGAAUGAUAGCUAUACAGGCCCAUAUUAUACGAGAUCAAUUUUAGUCGAAAGUCAAAACAAACAUCCCCGCAACACGAUAUUAUCAUGACCCACGAAAUAAGCAAAGAAACGUAUUCUUACAAAGGUGAAAAAUAGAAUGAAAACCUAAAAUUGCGUCAAAAUAUCGCGUCGGAAUCUGCAAAUCGUUUAUCUCUUUCUCUCUCCUCUAAUUAAAUCAGAACAUAUUGGUGCAAAAGAUGCAAAGUCAUACAUUAUUCAUUUAUUCUGUAAAGUGCAGACUACCAUAAAAUCGUAAUAGAUGGGCUAUGCUUAUGCAUUUCGGCAUCAGUCAUCAGAAUGGUUCGUGAAAAGGAUGUCUGUUGGGAGUAUGGUGAUAAGCUGGAUGGGAAUAAGGUGAGAUGCAAGUUCUGUUUAAGAGUUUUGAAUGGGGGCAUCAGUAGAUUAAAGCAUCAUUUGUCUCGGCUUCCCAGUAAAGGAGUGAAUCCAUGCAGCAAAGUAAGGGACGAUGUAACCGAUAGAGUUCGGGCUAUCAUUGCAGCAAAAGACGACAUUAGAGAAAUUCCUGUUGCUAAGAAGCCAAAGCUUGGAGAAACUAGUUCUCCAGGCAGUAUUCUCCCAAAUAAACCUCUGUUGUUUGUGGAGACAUCAUCUCCUGUUGCAAAAGGGUUUCCUGCACUGAACCAAAUAGAUAAUUUUUCCUCCUCAAGUGAUGAAGAAAAUGCAGAGGAAAGUAUUGCUUUGUUUUUCUUCGAGAAUAAGUUGGAUUUCAGUGUGGCAAGAUCUUCAUCUUACCAGCAAAUGAUUGAAGCAAUAGGAAAAUGUGGGUCGGGAUUUUCUGGACCCUCUGCUGAAACACUGAAGACUAAAUGGUUGGAAAGGAUCAAGUCCAAAGUGAAUCUGGGGUUGAAGGACACUGACAACGAGUGGGUCAGAACAGGCUGUACAAUUAUUGCAGACACAUGGACUGAUAACAAGUCCCGGGCAAUGGUCAACUUUUUGGUUUCUUCCCCUUCAAGAACCUUCUUUCACAAGUCGGUAGAUGUCUCUUCUUAUUACAAGAACAUUAAAUCUUUGGCUGAUUUAUUCGAUUCUGUCAUUCAAGAAAUCGGCCCUGAGAGUGUGGUGCAGAUAAUCGUCGAUGGGGCACUCAGUUACUCAGGUGUGGCAAACCAUAUUUUGCAGAACUAUGGAACGAUCUUUAUUUCCCCAUGUGCUUCUCACUGCGUAAAUUUGAUACUUGAAGAUUUUUGCAAGAUUGACUGGGUGAAUAGAUGUAUUGUACAGGCACAAACUAUCACAAGAUUUAUCUACAAUAGUACGUCUUUGCUUGAAUUUAUGAAAAAGUUUACUGCUGGCCAGGAUGUAUUAAGAACAGGCAUUACCAAGGCUGUUUCUAGUUUCCUCUCUCUGCAAGCAUUGUUUAAGCAAAGGAGUAAGCUGAAGCUUAUGGUCAAUAGUGCCGAAUAUUCUGUAAACUCUGCUUGUGUAAACAAACAACAGAGCAUUUCCUGUGCAUCAAUUUUGGAUGAUAAUGAAUUUUGGAGAGCAGUUGAAGAAUGUAUUGCUAUUUCUGAGCCAUUCUUAAGAAUUCUGAGGGAAGUAGCUGACGGUAAACCUGCAAUUGGGUUCAUUUAUGAGCUGAUGACAAAGGCCAAAGAAUCGAUACGGACAUACUAUAUUAUGGAUGAGAGCAAGUGCAAGACGUUCUUAGAUAUAGUGGACAAGAGCUGGCACAACCAGCUUCACACAUCAUUACAUUCAGCUGGAGCAUUUUUGAAUCCUUGCAUCCAGUAUAACCCUGAAGUCAAGUUUUUAGCUGCUAUAAAAGAAGACUUCUUCAAUGUUUUGGAAAAAUUGCUUCCAACACCUGAGUUAAGGCAAAAUAUCACAAAUCAAAUUCUUUUGUUCCAGCGAGCAACUGGAAUGUUUGGGUGUAACCUAGCUAAAGAAGCACGUGAUACAGUUUCACCUGGAGAAUGGUGGGAGCAAUAUGGAGAUUCAACACCAGUUUUGCAAAAAGCAGCCAUAAGAAUCCUUAGUCAAGUUUGCAGUACUCCAACCUUCGACAAGCAAUGGAGUGCAUUUCAGCAAAUUCAUUCCGAGAAGAGGAACAAAAUCGACAAAGACUCAUUGAACGAUCUUGUCUACAUAAAUUACAACCUCAAGUUAGGUAGACCGAGGAGCAAGUCUUUUGACUUGGAUCCAAUCCAGCUUGAUGACAUUGAUAUGACUUCAGAAUGGGUGGAAGAAAUUGAGACCCCAAGCCCUACUCAGUGGCUUGAUCGCUUUGGAUCCUACGAUGUUAGUGACUUGAACACAAGACAAUUCAGCACUGCGUUUUUUGGUGCAAAUGAUUUUGGCUUGUGACUAUAGGAUCCAAAAACCGUGUUUGUAUCAUGUAAAUGAGUAUAUCCUUUUAGUUCAGCUGUAAAAUUAUCUUGUAAUAGCUGUUGUAAUAAUGAAAUCUUUUGUCCCAA